CACACAGAUUGGAGUGAGCACGACAAGUUGGAUGUGAGGCUUGUGUUGUGAGCGCUUAUAAUGAUUCAAAACUGUUGAUAUACUGGUACGUUAACGUUACAAAUCUCGUUUAAGCGGACUCCUGAAAUACUAGUAGCCACUGCUAACAAACACCUUGGCAUGGGAAACGGAAUAAAUAAGGUAUAUGGACAUGCUUCCCUCAUCUCCUUCUGUUCUGCCAGACCUGUACUUGGGUAACUUCAAAGAUGCCAGAGACAGGGAGCAGUUAGCGAGAAACAACAUCACGCACAUCCUCUCCAUCCAUGACACCGCCACUCCCAUUUUACAGGAGAUGACUUAUCUUUGCAUCUCAGCAGCAGAUUCGCCCACGCAAAACCUCAUUCAGCAUUUUAAGGAGAGCAUUACGUUCAUCCACAAGUCCCGACUGAAAGGGGAGGGCUGUCUAGUUCACUGUCUUGCUGGCGUGUCACGCAGCGUGACGCUGGUGGUGGCCUACAUCAUGACCGUCACUUCUCUGGGCUGCCAGGACGCUCUGGCCGCGGUGAAGCUGGCGAGACCCUGUGCUUCACCUAAUGUGGGCUUCCAGACGCAGCUGAUGGAGUUCGAGAGCACUCAACUACAGCAGUUCCGAGAGUGGCUGAAGGAGGAGUACAAGGAAAGCCCCCUGAACGACGAGGAGGAGAUCCGCACUCUCCUGGCCCAGACUCCCGAGGAGGACGCCUGACCUCACUCCUCCACACUGCCUCGCUCAUGGGGGUUAUUAUGGCACAGCACUGUUUUACCUAAGGACUCUUUGUGUAAAUAUGCAAGGUUUUAAUGAUUACUACUGAUGUUAAAGCACAUACUGUAAUUAUUCACAGAUAUAUUAUAAAUGUUGAUUUAUACUAUGGUAUCUUACUGACUGUUUGUGUUUUUCCUCUACACUUGCUGGGAAUAUGAGAGGCUGGAUUACCAAAGCUUGCCGUGGCACUGUUUUAACACUGAAGUCAUAUAAGGAGAGAGUAGAAAGAAAUAGUAAUUAAAAAAAAAAAUGUACAGUUGUUAUUAUUAUUUAAUAUCAACGUUACGGGUAAGAUGAGCCUUAUUUUUUUCUCCUGACGGUAUAUGAGACACUCUCAUCUCAGCACUUUUAAUGAAAGGGUAAACAAUAUUUUUAAUUUUGUCAUUUAAUCUGAAUAUCUACAUUUUUGAGAUCUUGUCAGUUGAAACAGUUUUAUGGUGAAUUGAUCUCUGGAAAAUCUAUGCUGUUGUGUGUC